CUGCCAGCGUGUGCACAGGUAGAGAUCAGAGGGAAGAAUCCUCGAAACUAGCGCACCAAAUAGUCAUUUCAAAUGGUUACGAAACUGUAGCUUCUCGGUGUUGAUUGUGAGCGUGUCUCUUUCAGUGCCACGUACGUACGCCUACAUGGAAUACGUGAUGAUCGUCGCCUACUUCGUGUUUCAUCUCACAUCGCUAAUUGACAUCCGUCAUAUCUCAUUCAUUUGCUAUCCACGCACAUGCAGCGGUGAAUGUGAACCGCUAGAUCCGAAGAAUUUUGUGAAACAAGCGAAAUACGAACAUUGUCGAGCCUACGAGUAUCAACAACGCCGUACUUAUAAAUUUUCCAACGAUUCCAUUAAACAUUGA